AUGGCUAACGACGAAUACGAUCGCGAGAUAGCUGACAGUGUUGGUACCUGUAUAGUGGUGCUUAUCGGAGAUUCUGGAGUCGGCAAGUCUAAUCUGCUGAGCCGAUUCACGCGCAAUGAAUUCAACCUCGAUUCCAAGUCCACCAUUGGUGUAGAGUUCGCUACUCGAUCUAUCCAAGUUGACUCAAAAACCAUCAAAUCUCAGAUCUGGGAUACUGCUGGACAGGAACGAUAUCGCGCCAUAACCUCCGCUUACUAUCGUGGCGCUGUUGGCGCUCUUCUCGUUUACGAUGUCAGCAAGCAUCAGACCUACGAGAACGUUACUCGAUGGUUGAAGGAGCUACGGGAUCACGCCGACUCGAACAUUGUCAUCAUGUUGGUCGGAAACAAGAGCGAUCUUAGACAUUUGCGGGCUGUGCCCACUGAGGAGGCCAAGCAAUUUGCGAUUCCUCAGCUAACUUUGAUGGUUUUAGGUGAAAAUAACUUAUCUUUCAUUGAGACUUCUGCCUUGGACGCAAGCAAUGUCGAGCUUGCCUUCCAAAAUAUUCUCACUGAUCUCCUGGCAGAAAUCUUCCGCAUUGUAUCAAGUAAGGCCCUUGAAAGUGGCGAUUCUUCCGCAAACCAGCUCGGCGACCGCAAAGUCGUGGAAAUCACCAAAACCCCAGACUCCGAGAAGAAACAAGGGUGCUGUUGA